GUCACAGUAUACAUAACCUAUUCUGUUGUUAUGUUGUGCUUGUGAUGCAUGGAAGAAAAAGGUCCUUAGAGUUAUUAAAUUAUAGGUUACCUAUCUUCUACUUCUGUUUAUAUCACAAGUUGAAUUGAUUUGAUGAACUUUAAAAUGAAUUGACUAAAACUAAAAGUAUUAGGCAUUCCAGCUACAAGUCGUCUUUACAAUGGUUAAGAGUUGCUGUGCCUAUGGAUGUACAAAUAGUUUUCGAAAAAAUGUGGAUGCUAAGAACAAGAUAUCUUUUCACCAUUUUCCAAAAGACCCUGAAACUAGAAAAAAAUGGAUUCUGGCAACUAAGUGGAAAAACUUCAAUCCCAAUGAGCAUACUUAUAUUUGUUCAGUACAUUUUAAAUUUGAGGACUACUAUCCAAGAUAUGCAUCAGGGCUUAGAAAGUUGAGGGAAAAUGUUGUCCCGAGUAUAUUUGAUUUUCCUGAACAUCUUCAAAAUCCAGAAAAGAAAAUACGGAAAAGAAGACCGGAGACACCUCCUGGACCUUCCACGCUCACCAGAGAAGCUACUCCCAGUAUUUCAUCCCCGGAUUUGACUCCCGAGAAACUCAAAUUUGAGUCUCAACUGCACAAAACUCGGGUGAAUUUGACACAAGUCGGGAAAAAACUGAAGUACUACAAACAGAAGAGUGAGAGAUUGAAGGAAAGAUUUCCAAAUGAUGCUGUCCUCAGAAAGAAAUGGAUUGUGGCAAUGCGCAGGGAUGGUUUCAAUCCGUCCAAAGUAACUAAAAUCUGUUCAAACCAUUUUACAUCAGAUUGCUUUCAUAAAAGUGGAUGGAGUUCUAUCCGAAUUUUAAAUGAAGAUGCUGUCCCUACAAUCUUCGACUUUUCUGAUCAUUCAAAAUCUGGCAAAAGAGAUAAGCGCCUAAAAAGAUUGAAUGUGCAAUGUUGUGUUCUUGGAUGCGAGGCGGUCAAGACAGACAUUGACCACGGUUCUGGCUUACGCUUCUUCGGAUUUCCAGAGGAGAGAACUGUGAAAAAUCGUUGGAUUGAAGCCAUCCAAAGAACGGACUUCGACCCUAAUGUGCACAAAGCUGUUUGCAGUCAGCACUUUGUUGAAAGUGAUUAUGUUAUCCAACAAGGCUCAGACGAAAAAAGAUUAAAAGUGAGAGCUGUUCCAUCCAUUUUCCCCUUACAACGCCAACCAAGUAUGGGAGGAGCAGAAGACGAUGUAUUUAAUAUUAUUUACGACAUGAAUCCAGCAGAUUAUGAUACUUCCGAUCAGGACCAAGAUUUUGAAGUACCUGAGAUAAUAAGUGAUGACUGUAUUAUUUCUCAAGCAUCAGAGACAAUAAGUGAGGACUAUAGUAUGUGUCAAGCACCAGAGACAAGAAGUCAAGACUAUAUUCAACUAUCAAAAAAUCAGUUCAAAUUAGUCGGAAAGACCAGAGACCAGGGGACUCAAACUUCUUGCAAGGAUUCGGCUAAAUUAAAAUUAUACCGUUGUAAAGUGAAAUCAUUGCUUCAAAGUGUACGGAGAAAAGAUAAAAGGAUUAAACAAAUGGAAGAAGAGAUUGCUCUUAUGAAAGAGAAGAUCAAAUCCUUCAAACUUAGUAAUUUGAAAUUGCAGGCAUUAAAUAAUAUGGAGUAACAAAUAUUUUUGGAGCUCUCCAGAUUACAUUCUAAUAAAAAGCCUUGUUCAAGUAAUGUACAUUAUAUUUCCUGAAAAAAUAUCACAAUCGAUACUUUUAUUCUGUGAUGGACAAUCGACAAAUAAUUUGUUUUCGAAUGAAAAUAGAUUAGUGCUACUUUUAAUUGUAAAACAACGUUUUUUAAUACUCCCAAACUCAUUUUUAUUCAUAAUUCCCAAGAUGCCAAAUUCACAGAGUUUGGAAGUAUUUAUGAUCUCAAAAUUAGUGAAACCUAUAUUUUU